GUGUAACUGCAGUGUAACAGCGCUGUUUUUCUUCAUUCCCAGCUCUAGCGGUCCUUUAUGGUGGGAUGUAUUCUUGUGUAGGUCAACAGAUUAACACACGAUGAAGAAAGCGGAUCCUGCAGAGCUCGGAAAUCUGUGCCUCAUCCUGACAAAACAGGGGUUGUGAUGAGUGCCAAUUCCUGGCCGAACAUGUGGACUAUUAGGUAACAUAUAACUGUGCACAGAGGAGACAGUGCUCGAGACUCUGCCCUCCCCAAGACAAACAGGAUCUGAACUCCGGGUCAUGGACUCUCUUUCCAUAGCUAGAAGAGACAAUUCUUCAGUGUUAUUAGCGGAAGCUGCUAAUAAUAGCAGACAAGAAAGCCAAAUUGUUCUCUUGGUGGAGACUUGUUCUUUCAAAUGAAGGCAGAACAGAGAGCCGCCUCCUCUGAUAAAUCAUGAUUCCCAUCACUGAACUGCGGUACUUUGUGGAUACCCAACCUGCCUACCGCAUUCUGAAACCAUGGUGGGACGUGUUCACAGACUACCUGUCUGUUGUGAUGCUGAUGAUUGCAGUAUUCGGAGGCACUCUGCAAGUCACGCAGGACAAGAUGAUCUGCCUGCCCUGCAAAUGGGUAGUAAACAAAACCUGCCAGAAGUAUUUUGAGUCAGCCUUUGAGCCGCAGGGCAUCCAAUAUGACCUUGACAGGCACCAGUACAACUAUGUCGAUGCUGUGUGCUAUGAAAACAAGCUUCACUGGUUCGCUAAGUAUUUCCCAUAUUUGGUGCUGCUGCAUACGCUCAUCUUCCUGGCUUGCAGCAACUUUUGGUUCAAGUUCCCUUGGACUAGUUCCAAACUGGAACACUUUGUCUCCAUUCUUUUGAAGUGUUUUGACUCGCCAUGGACUACUCGGGCACUGUCUGAGACGGUAGUUGAGGAGAGCGAUCCUAAAGCUCUUGGGAAGAUGAACGGCUCCAUCGAUAAAAAGGCAUCUUACGUGAGUGAAGAUGUGGAGGCCAGUGUACCGAUGCUGUCUCCACCGAAAUCUCGGUUUGAGCAGGGUAUUGUGGACCACUCUGAAAACGGCGUGCUGGAUAAGAAAGAGGGGGAGCAGGCGAAGGCAUUGUUUGAAAAGGUGAAGAAGUUCCGGCUUCACGUUGAGGAAGGAGACAUCGUCUACAGGCUUUAUAUCAGACAGACUAUUAUCAAAGUAGUUAAAUUCAUCCUGAUUAUCUGUUACACUGGUUACUACGUUCACAAUAUAAAAUUCAGCGUGGACUGUAGUGUGGACAUUGAAAAUCUUACAGGAUACCAGAUGUUUAACUGUGCCCAUCCUCUUGCCACACUUUUUAAAAUAUUAGCAUGCUUUUAUAUAAGCCUUGUUGUUGUAUAUGGAAUGAUUUGUGUGUACACCCUCAGCUGGAUGCUGAGGCGCUCCCUUAAAAAGUACUCAUUUGAGUCGAUCCGAGAAGAGAGCAGCUACAGCGACAUUCCAGAUGUCAAAAACGACUUUGCCUUCAUGUUACACAUGAUUGACCAAUAUGAUCCACUUUACUCAAAACGAUUCGCAGUGUUCCUUUCAGAAGUUAGCGAGAACAAACUUCGUCAACUCAACCUCAACAACGAGUGGACGUUGGACAAACUCCGGCAGAGAAUCACCAAGAACUCUCAAGACAAGUUAGAACUGCAUCUUUUCAUGCUAAGUGGGAUCCCCGACACAGUUUUCGACCUACAGGAGCUGGAGGUUCUCAAGCUAGAGCUUAUCCCAGAUGUCACCAUUCCUCCAAUCAUCGCCCAGCUUAUUAACCUGCGUGAGAUGUGGUUGUACCAUACGCCUGCCAAAAUAGAAGCGCCAGCCCUUGCAUUUCUAAGAGAAAACCUAAAAUCUCUGCACAUAAAAUUCACAGACAUUAAAGAGAUACCUCUCUGGAUCUACAGCUUGAAGAACCUAAGUGAGCUACACCUCACAGGGAACCUCAGCGCAGAGAACAAUCGUUACAUUGUUAUCGAUGGGCUACGAGAACUAAAGCGACUCAAGGUUCUCAGGCUGAAAAGCAACCUGACCAAGCUUCCGCAGGUAGUGACUGAUGUUGGGUUGCACCUGCAGAAGCUGUCCAUCAAUAAUGAGGGCACAAAGCUAAUGGUUCUCAACAGCAUGAAGAAGAUGGUUAACCUGACCGAGCUGGAGCUAAUCCGCUGCGAUUUGGAGCGCAUCCCCCAUUCCAUCUUCAGUCUUCACAACCUGCAGGAGAUCGACCUGAAGGACAAUAACCUAAAGACCAUUGAGGAGAUUAUCAGCUUUCAGCAUCUCCAUCGACUCGUCUGCCUGAAACUGUGGUACAACCAGAUCGCCUACAUUCCCAUCCAGAUAGGCACCUUGACCAAUCUGGAGCGCCUCUAUUUGAAUCGAAACAAGAUCGAGAAAAUUCCAAGUCAGCUGUUCUUCUGUCGCAAACUGAGAUUUCUCGAUUUGAGUCACAACAAUCUGACCAACAUUCCAGCUGAGAUCGGGAGCCUUCAGAAUCUUCAGUAUUUCGCUGUAACUGCCAACAGGAUCGAGAAGCUUCCUCCAGAGCUGUUCCAGUGUAAGAAACUGCGCACACUGAACCUGGGAAACAACUGCCUGCUGUCUCUGCCCUCUCGCUUCGGGGAGCUGACCAACCUGACCCAGCUGGAGCUGAGGGGAAACAGGCUGGAGGGCCUCCCCGUGGAGCUCGGGGAGUGUCGUCUGUUAAAACGCAGCGGGCUCAUAGUCGAGGAGAGCAUUUUCAACACUCUCCCCCCUGAGGUUAAAGAGCAGUUUUGGAGAACUGAGAAAGAGGCAGCCUGAGGACACCAAGCUUUCUCCUGUGAGAAAGUACCAUCCCAGGUUUGAGAGAACAGCACCUGGGUCAUAGGGGGCAGCACUGAUUAUUGUUGCUGGAACCCAAGCAACAGUGAUUUAGGGUAUAGAGUAGGGAGACUACUCAUGGGAUUAACUACAUUUGUUGGGAAGCACUGGGAUAUCUGGGACCUCUAUAUCUGUGCAGUGGGUCUAUACAUUCUGGAAGGUGCAGCUCUUCUUUGCCUUAAAUUUAAUGUGCUACACGAUGGUGGGAAAAUAUUUAAAAUGAGUCAUAUGGGCAGGUUGACAGAUUUGUGAACUAGUGUGUCAUAAGCACUUUACAGUUGCCUGAAAUUCCUCAUUUAAAUACGAUUUUAGUGCUUUCAGCAGAUUCCUUUAUGUCUGUAGAGGAUAAUAGAGGAUUUUUUGGUCAGUUUGUAACCAUUGCCAUUGUUGAGGACAUGCUAAGUUUUCCAAAUAGGAAUUCCUAUAGAUUGAUGAUUGUUAGUUAAUGAUUGCUCUGCCAUUUCUGAACAAGUCUAACAGCACAGAUGAGAUAGGGGCAGGCAAAAUAUGGGCACCCUUGGUCACAAUCUAUGCUACUACAUUAGUUCGAAUAGUUGAAUAAUACCCUAAAGAACCAUUUUUUCUAAAAACGUAGAUGACAUGAGUGACAUCCUGUUUCAUUCAUAAAAUCUGCCUAAAAACAAGACGAGAGACAACCUAGAAUCACCUCUGGUUUCUGCACUGCUGCAUGUCAAUGUGGGCAUAACGAGUGGGAGUGUACAUGUGUUGGGAGGCACCUGUGUUGACAACUCACUGCCAAGAUAGCGAUGAACAUCUGACUGUUGACAUCUGUGUAGAUUGUAUUCAGUCAGUGUUGCUCCUGUGUUUUCCGUUGCCAAGAUAGCAAUACGCCAGAAAAUUACCCGAACACACCCAGUUUCCAGAUCACGACACCCAUCAGCGUAGAUAUAUUCAUAAGCGCCGUUGCUAUUUAAACGACUCAUGUGUGCAGCAUUAAAAAAUAGACUGUUGGCGGGGUGUAAGAUAGCAAUGAGCAUCGUGACGCACCUUGCACAGGUUGUGAAAUAGGGACUGUCUAAUCCUGUUGUGUACCCAAGGUUAUCGUAGCAGUCUGCCUUUAAGUGGUUCCCACAAACACCACAAUAUUCUUGCUGAUUGUUUCUGGGACAUGGCCAUCGAAAAUGAAAGGGAGCCACACAGUUCUGUUCUCUUUGGCUGGGAGAAAAUAGGAGGAUUUGGGUUUUCUUUGCAGCCAACAACACAACAUUUCAUGUGGGACUUUGAUUUGCCUGCAGCCGAAGCACACGUCAUCUUAUGCAUGGUGCUCUUAAAAACUUGUAAUUACCAUAAUCUAUGCCCAUAAAUCACAAAUUACCUACAUGUAAGAAAGCCCUCAGAGAAAAGCCUAAAAAAGCUUGUGUUUGUGGGGUACAGCACCUCUCUCAGUGGUCACAGCCAUCAUUGUUACCUUUAUGUGAAGGCAAAUCUGUGAUUUCUGUAUUCUAUGAUGUCAGUUAGUUAUGCGCACGAUUCACCUAGCCUAGGUGUGGAAAAAAAAAACGCCUUAGAAACAAGUCCUGUGAACUGAAACUACUAUUGUGAUGAAAUUACUAUAGUACAGCUCUGGAAAUAAAAGAGACCACUACAAAAUGAUUAGUUUCUUUGAUUUUACCAAAUUAAAAACCUUUGAAAUAUAAUCAAACCUAACUGAACUGCUUAAAUUUUUGCACCAGGAGUGGCAUAAAUUUAUCCAAAAGCAGUGUGUAAGACAUGUGGAGGAGAACAUACCAAGAUGCAUGAAAACUGUGAUUAAAACCAGGGUUAUUCCACCAAAUAUUGAUUUCUGAACUCUUAAAACUUUAUUAAUAUGAACUUGCUUUCUUGCAUUAUUUGAAGUCUGAAAGCUGUGCAUCUUUUUUGUUAUUUCAGCCAUUUCUCAUUUUCUGCAAGUAAAUGCUCUAAAUUAUAAUAUUCUUAAUUGGAAUUUGGGAGAAAUGUUGUCUGUAGUUUAUAGAACAGAACAACAAUGUUCAUUUUACUCAAGCAUAUACCUAUAAAUAGCAAAAUCAGAGAAACUGAUUCAGAAACUGAAGUGGUCUCUUAAUUUAUUCCAGAGCUAUUCCAUGUUUUUGGCCAUAAUGAACAAAGGUUUGUUUGGGGGAAGGAAAGGUGCUAUUCACGUUCAUCUAAUAUAACAGAUACUUUGACCAGGGGUGCUCGAAAUUUGCAUGCUGUCAAAUGUUCUCUAUUGAAUAGAAGGACACUAUACAGCAGAGUAGGAAACGUACAGUAUGCUAAAAGCACAUUUGUUUAGUUUGACAGCACUGUAACACACUGUUCAUCAGAAAGCUGGAGCCCAGCCAGCACUUCACAUGCAUUAUUCAUAUUCAUAAUGCUGAGCCUGUCCUCUUUCCUCUUUUAGCUCUCUGUUCUCAAACGAACUGCAAAAGAGACAUUGGGUCAUUAUUCUACAUUACAGUAUUAUUUUGAAGGUGCAUGCAUGUUUACAAUGUUUAAUUUAACAAUGCAAAACAACAUAAGCACAGAGAAAAACAUACACUAUAUGGACAAAAGUAUUUGGACACCCUUCUAUUUAUUUUCAAUUUGUUUCUUCUAAAAUCAAGAGUAUUUAAAAAUAAUGAAUCUACUUUAGUUGGAUUAACGGUCUAUACUCUCCAGGUAAGGCUUUUUACUAGAUUUGCAGUACAUUUCUGCAGGGACUAGACAAGCUAUGUGUGUGCAUUCGCCCCAUUGGUGGUUUUAGGGGUGCAUGCAUUUUUACCUUUUACUGUACAUAGACAAAAUGAGUGACAGGACAGAGGCACAUCAGGGGCCAAUCAGAUUUCAGCUGGGGCCAAAUGCAUGUAAAGUUGGUAAGUAAUUUUGUGCCAAAAGUUUUACCAAAAAAAAUAAAAUAUGCUGUAAAAAUUGCUGAUUAUAAACAUAUAAGAAAGCAAUAAAUAAAUAAGCAUUUCUAAACGAGAGAGCAAAAUCCACAGAAAAUAGACAAGCAAAAAGUGACUUUAAAAUAUAUAUAUAUAUUAUAUAUUUUUUCUAUUUUGAAUUUGCAACAUACACUUUUUCCUUUUGAUUCUUAAGAUUUUAAUUGACUUUUUUUUUUUCUUUGCAAAACCUUUGGCCAACAAUAAACUCCAUAAAUUUUAAUAUGGAAGCUUUUUAAAUUAAACUCUUGUUGUGAAAUAAUACUUGGCCCCUUGAUGGCUCCUGUUUAGAAAAAUCCUAGAUUCACCACUGGUUUGCACAUCUGUAGCAGCAAUCGCUGCAUUCUAAAAAGUAGCUGAAUGCCUUCAGUUAAAAGCGGUGUCCACAACAUUUGGACAUAUAGUGUACUUUAUGCAUUGCGUGUGGAAAUUGGCGUGUUUGUCUUCUGGCAUUUCCUGAAUAUUAAGCAUGCAGAUAAAUUUGAUUUCUCAAGAAGCAAAAACAGAUUUUUUGGAUUUCUGAUUACUGUUCACAUUGCCGUGGCAGCACCUUACCUUCACCAGUGUACUUACUGUAAUAGUGUUUUUUGGGAAAGUUACUUUGCUACUUUUUCGACCAAAGUCUCUUCUUUUCUGUUACUCUUUAUGUUAAUGUUAAUGUUCAACCUUCCACUAAAGUAGCAACUAGAAGAGUUCACCUCGAGGAUAUUCUGUCCUCGUAACAUUGCACUUAACACCGAUGUUGUUGAGAAUGCGUCGUUUUAAUGUCUAAAAACAAUGCACUGCUGACGAGACAAUCAGAAAUAUACUUUGUGAAGUAUUGGACUAUGCUUUUAAUUAGUUUGAAUGAGUGUUUGUUUUUAAUUCAGAGAAAUGUGUUCAAAAUAUGUCUGUUCUUAGCACUGAAUAUAGCUGUGUCUGAAACUGUGCCCUCUUCACUAUGUAGUGCACUACUUUGGGAUUUAGUUAUGACACUGUCUAAAAACAGUGCAGAAUUUUUAGUGCAGUCCUAACAAUCCCACAAUGCACCAUAGCGUAAAUAUGGUGUACAGUACUGAUUUAUACACACUUUCUCAUUAUUAUACCUGAGGGUAUCAUCAGGUAAAUGAGUAUUAUAACAAUUUACAAGUAAUAAUUAUUUAAAGCAGCAGUCCUUACGAUUUUUUCCUUUUAAAUUGGGAAUAGUAGUGUUCCUGAUUGUGGAGAAAGCAAUAUAUUAAUUAAUUAAUAAAUGGCAUCAGUGUGUUCUGUUACCAUUCCUGCUAUCAUUAAAAACAGGGUGUCUGGUAGGUCUCUGGACCUUUUUUGGUUAUAACAACAUUUUCUGGUUAGCUGAGGAACUAUAGUUCUGCAAAUCCUCACGAAAAUCGCUAGUUUCAAUCAUGUAGAACAGAGACUGCACCACAAUGUAUGUUUUAAAAGUACUUUUUAGCACUUUUACAUUUUUGCUCAGUGCAUUUACACAUUCUUACCAAAAACUUACAGACUGUUACUUUAAAUAACUGGUUUAAAAUAAAAUAAAAAAUAUUUUACUUACACUUAUUACACAAUAAUUUUCUGUUGCAAAUGAAGCUUGUAAACACGUACAUAGUUAAUGUGUCAUGUUGUCUCAGUCCAAAAGUUUGCCUCUCUCAUUAAGUUGCCAUAUUUCGUAAGUUACAAAUGGGUCAAAACACUUAAAAUGUUACUUUUUAAAUGUGGAAAUGUUUGUGAGCAUAAGGUUAAGAAGUACUUAACCCAAUUCACAUUGCUCAUACAAUUUAAUAAAUCAUAGUGCACUAUGUAGUGAUCUGUUUUUUAGGUUUUUUUAGACUGAGAAAUAGUGAACAUGGCACAGUUUCAGAUGCAGAUUUUGAGUUAUCCCUCAUAUGAUGUUUUGCCAUUUCAGAGGUCAAACUCUGAUCAAGCUGUUUUGUAAAUGAUCUACAGCUGUUAUUAAUUUUGUUACCUCAACCUUGACAUUUCUGAAGUUAGGACCUAACUUUUUUUCUUCUUUUUUUUUAAAGAGCAAAAAAAUAAAGUGUUACUCAGGUAAAUGCCACUCAACUUUGUACUGACUGAUUGACUGACUAAACAUUUUUUUUAUUUCAAGUAUUUUAAAAUGGUUUUAAUUUAAAGAAACAUCCAUGCAAUUAAUUUUGUAAUAGUGUUUUUGAUUACUUGUUUUAUUACUUUUUUAUUUAUAUGAAGUAUGUUUAAUAUUUCAGUUAAAAUACGUUUUUUAACUAUGAAUGGGUGGGUGAUUAUGUGACAUGAUGUGUCUACUGCUGACUACUAAUGUAAUUGUAAUGUAAUGUGUGAUUAACUGCCACAGCUGGUGGAUGUUUAGAUCUCUUUAUUUGCUGUAGGAAACUUUUAUGUUCAUUGUUAAUACAUAUUAUCACAUGCAUAAAGUGGUGUAGUGAAGUGCAGCAUGGUUUUGGAACAUCAAAUGAACAUUAUUUAUAGUCAUUACUAUAUGUCUGUAGAUGUAGACAUUUGAACUCAUUACUUGUAGCAUUUGAAUAUGUGAUUUUACACUAGCAUUAUAUUAUAUUGUAUUGCAUUGUAUUGUUUUUUUUUAUUAUUUACAGUUAGUGGAUGAAAAGCAAUAGCCUUUCUACUGUCUUCAAGCCAUUCUCAGUGGGGCCUUUUUUGAUUGGCCCAAAUCUGAAAAAUGAGUUGAAGCCCUUUGUUUUAACAUGUGCCACUGUCACCUCUGGGCAUAUUUCACUCUCUACAACACUGAAUAUUAUUUAAACUGUAAUGUGAACUGUUUUUUUAUUGUUGUUGUUAAAACUCUCAUGAAUAGAUUUUUUUUUCAUGUUGGUGCCAAAACAGCAUCAAAUAGUGCUGUAAUUGAAGAGUGUUGUGAUGGCAUUGCCUAGUAGGACUCAUUAAAUUUGUGUUUGAAAUUUUAGAUAGCCAACUUAAGCUAUUUUCUCCUCAUCAUGCUGUGCUAAUUUUUGGUGUUCAAUCAGUUUAAGACUCAAUAAACUCAAUAAUUAAGUA